AUGUCUGGACACAUUUCAUCCGAUCACUCUCGCUCAGCCUCACGAUCCUCCCAAACCCCUCGUUUGUCCCAGGGACAGGCUUUUGAGCCUAUGCCUCGCCAGUCCUUCGGUCGCAACUCCCGUGUCUCCAAUCCUAAUGUCUUCUCCGACGAAUACUCAUUAGAGCCCAUCGAUACCGACGAUCAAAUCGAACGAGCUCCCUCUCCCGCCUCUGUCUCUUCCUCCACCACGCUUCGCUCUAUUCACCACCCGCAUAAAACCGUCAGUCAGGCCACGACGGAGAAUGAAAACCCAUUCGGCGAUGAUGCCCGAGUCUCCUUUGAGGAAGCCCGUCGAUCGAGUCUUCCUCAGAAGGGCAUGGGCGGUUUCUCCACGAAUCGUGGCUCGGUCGCUUCGGUCAACAACAGCCCUUUUGCCGUCCAGCGAAACCAGAGCGUCUCAUCUCGAUUCUCGAUACCCCGCGCCAUGAGCCCCUACUCCGGAGCGACCGGACCAAGCCAUCCUUACGCCAUGUACCCCCAAGUUGGAGUAAGUCGUUCACCGAGUGUUGGAAGUACCUCGACCAUUCGCCAGCACGAUCGCCCGCUAGGUGAAUCGAGCGGUCCUCAACAUCCUUACGCUAUGUAUCCGCAAAACGUCGUCGAGGAAGGGAUGGAUGACGAUAUAAUUCCUGUUGGCUUCCCUGGUCACAACCCACCUUACCAGCCGCCCCCGGGCCGUCGGGAUAACGACGUGGGCGAUAUCAUUGGAGCAGAUGGGCACGCGGAGCCAUUACCACCCUAUUCACGCUAUCCGACAGGGGCGGUCCCGAAGCCUCCGGGUGUCGAGACCAUAGCCGACAUGCACACUCCAGAGACGCAACAACUCCAUUCGAUCUCAAGAGACCAACCGCAACCAGUUUCGGAAACUUCAACGAGGCCUCUGGUCCCCCUGUCUUCCGGAGGUACUACGGCUGUGGACUAUAACGACGAUGACGACCAUAGGGAGCGCAGGGCUCCCAUUACGGGCAUCAUGGCGUUCGAGGAGAAACUAAAACAGAAAGGCAAGAAGACUGCAUGCUGCGGUAUGCCUGUCUGGACCAUUGUUCUUGUCGCGACCGUGAUGUUGAUCGGCGGAUCCAUUGGAGGCGCUAUUGGGGGUGUGAUUGGCGGCAAGAGAGCAGCCGAGCAUGAUCGAAAAGCGGCCCAGUCAAAUGGCCCGCAGAUUGUGACUGUGACCGCAACACCGCAGAUGGACUACUCGACAAUGACGAGUACUCCGACAAAUCUCAAGUCGGUGCCAACGGGCCAUUAUUUCGUCCCUGCUCAACUGCAAAACUCUUCGCGAAUGUGUGUUGAGGAUAGUCAGUUCAGACAUGCUUGGGGUUGCAUGGACAAGCCGACCAAUUUCGAUGUUGUUGUUGGCGGGGAUCGUGGCCACCACUCCAUAAUCUUCAGCAGUACUGGCCCUACUUCCACGUUUACAUAUGGCGCUCAGCCUCCAAUCCUUCCAACCCCUACCCAAUCUCUGGGGUUCGCCAUCGACACCAGCGACACCGGCUUGGGACCUGCUCUCUUUUUCUUCGCCAAAUUCGACAAGCUGGUCAUUGUACCUGAAUCACAAUUCCAGUCGUCGAGCUCUGUUUCAGCACGGUCAAUCGUCGGGGAUGCCUCGUUCUUGGAUAGCCUUCAUCGCAUGCAAACAGCCAAACCCGGCGAUAAGCCCUGGUUCUGCUAUUGGAACCAAACGAUGAUGGAAUUCUUCAUCUACGUCAACCAGACGACUGCGGAGGGCUCGAGCACCACCACUACAACCGCUACCGACAUGGGAGCCAGCACAGCCACUGCUCAAUCCAAUAAACGUGGAGAUACAGUUCUUGACUAUCCACGAAAGAUCAAGAUCGAAGAACGACGCGACUUCGCCGGAGCUCGACCACCUUACUGCCAGCAGAUGCAAGUGGGGUCUGAUGGCCAUAUUGUUGCUAUUCAAAGUCAGGUCAUUAACAUCAAGGAGCGGGAGCCCACCCCGACGACUACCUACAUCAACACGAGUGGUGGCUCCUCGCAGACGUACACGGCAAAGGCACAGUUUGCAACACCGUGUUAUUGUCUUUCUACGACUGAUUAG